AUGAAGAAGGUUCUUCAACGAGGUUUUAAGCCUGCUAAAUGCAAAACAGCUUUGCAAAUGGCGAAUUCACGUCUUAAGAUAUUGAAGAACAAAAAAGAGAUUCAGAUUAAACAAUUGAGAAGAGAAUUAGCUCAAUUGCUUGAAUCUGGUCAUACCCCUACAGCUAGAAUUCGGGUGGAACAUGUGGUGAGAGAAGAGAAGACUGUAGCUGCUUAUGAGCUCAUUGGAAUAUAUUGUGAACUUCUUGUUGUUCGUUUAGGUGUUAUCGAAUCGCAAAAAAAUUGCCCCAUUGAUCUGAAAGAAGCUGUCACGAGUGUCUUGUUUGCUUCCCAGAGGUUAUCAGAUGUCCCUGAGCUCUCAGAAAUCUGUAAGCAAUUCACAGUCAAGUAUGGGAAGGAUUUUGCUACCUCUGCUAUUGAGUUACGUCCAGAUUCUGGUGUGAGUCGCCUGUUGGUUGAGAAAUUGUCGGCCAAAGCCCCGGAUGGUCCAACAAAGGUCAAAAUUUUGAUGGAAAUCGCUGCGGAGCAUAAUGUGGUCUGGGAGGCACAAUCUUUUGUUGAACCAGAUCCAAAAGACGAGCUGUUGAGUGGAGCAAGCACGUUUCAAUCAGCGAGUAGUGUAAACAUGGAUUCCUCUAGAAUCCCAAACAAGGAACAACCUCCAAACGUCCAAUCUCCAGCUACUGUCAAUGUUCAACAUGGAUCAAGUGAAAGACAUCAUUCGCAAGAGAACUCUUAUGUAAAUGAUGGAAGAUCUUCAAGCCGUACCAACAAUGUGUCUUCUGGGAAGGCUGAUGACUACUAUCAUUCAAAUGCGAGACCUUCUCGGUCUCGGGCUGAUGAAGGGGAAUGUAGAAAUCCAAAUCAUGGCGACGAAAGUUCAUCUUCAAGAAGCAAGAAUAGGUAUGAAACAGAAUUUGUUACUUCUACAGAUGCUGCACGUGCGGCUGCUGAAGCCGCUGAAAGAGCAAGUUUCGCUGCUAGAGCAGCUGCUGAACUUUCGAGCAAAGAAAGGAUGACGAGGCAGAAUUCAACAGAGUCGCAUUUGCAUUCUGCAAAUUUCAGAAACGAGCCUUCACACAGACAUAACAGUUCAAAUGUACAAAGCGAAGGUAUUUCUGAAGAUUAUUAUUCUCCAAGACGAAAUGUUAGGAUGGAGUCUGAAGAUAUGGAUAGAACCCAACAAGAUAAAUACCAUAGGGCAAAUGAAUCUGACAUUCCCCCUGUAGAUCACGCAUCAGAUAGACAUUCCCUGGAGAACUCGAGAAAGGAUGGUUCCUUUGGUAAAGCAGGUAGAGAGAAGCAGCCAAGCGAGGAUGAGAUGGAUUUAGAUGUUGGUUACUCAGAAGAUGUUCACCUCAGGAAGCAGUCAAGCCGGGCUUCAUCGCAUUCACAUUCAAGCAAUUAUUCUGACGAGAAUGUCACUGGCUCAGAUUAUAUGAAGUCACCGAGCGUCGUGGAGGAUAACAUUUUUGCCACUGAAUAUGAUCACCAAUCUCAGAGCAGCUUUAAAGAUCUAGAUUCUCAUGAUUAUGGACAUGAUGAUACUACUACUGGGGAUACUUUUGAUCAUUAUAGCUCAUUUUUUGAUAAACCUAAAUUCGAUGCGGAAGAUGAAUAUGAUCAUGGAGUGGGAUUUUCAUUGCUUGGCAGCAAAACGUCUACUGUUACGCCAACACCAACUGCGUCCUGGAGCUUCAAAGGAGACCAUGGAAAUCGAAGCUCAAGCUCACAAGUUUUCCAGGAGAGCCCAAGUUCUCCAUUAUUUGAUGAUGUCUCUACAAGUCCUCCGGCUUCUUACCAUGAGUCGGACCAACAUUCCAAGUUUGACAACUAUGGUGCACAUUCAGCAAGCGAAGAUGAUCAGCCGAGACACAGAGGUAAAGUUUCUGGACGUGUAGACGAAAAAGUGAAUCUGACAUCUGAUCGAUCUCAGAAGUUUGAAGUCUCUGAUCCUGUGGGACAUGAAUUUUUCCCUUUAGACACAGAAGAACACAAAGAUGAUUCAAGGACACUGGAAGAAUCAGAGUCUGAGACUGAUAGUCAGACUGGUCUGAAAUUUAGACCUUUGGCCGGUGGAUUUAGGAACAAAAAGACACUCCCACCUUACAUAAUAAGCCCGGCAAGAAAUGAAGCAUUGUCCAAGUCUGAGAAAGAACGUAAUGGAUCAGAUGAUGUUGGUCAGUCGAUGUCUACUUCUAGCAGUAGCAGAAAAGAUAUCUACACUAAGAAAGCAAGCAACAGCGAGAAGAGGCCAAGCUCUACGCCACCACUUCCAUCUUCAAGUGAUGACGAUGAUUCAGAGAUCCAACUUCGAGGAAGAAGAACAGAAACAAAGCCCCGAUCCUCAUAUCGUCAUUCCCAUGUCAACCAUGAGGACUCGGAGGAAGAAGAACUCCCGCCUCGAUCUUCUCACAGAAGUCAAGUGAGCACUCAUAAGCCAGCAACGGGAAUGAGAGAUCACAACAGACCAAACUUCAAGACCCCAGCUUCACCCUCGUAUGAAUAUGAGGAAGAAGUGGAAAGAGAUGCUGCACGAGUUAACGCCAAGCCAUCUAUAAAAACCGGGUACUCUCUAAGGACAAAGGGGCAAGUGAAAACUCAUGAGAAGCGUUCAUUCCCAGUGAAAACAACGAAAACCGAGCAAGAGUCUCAUGACCACCCAUCUCCAAAAUCAACCUCAGAGCACAAGACAGUAAAUUCAAGCUCAGUCCCACAGACUGUAACAUCACCCGAUCCAGAAACCCCGUCAAGGGAGAGAGCUAGUCAUGUUCAUCCAAACCUCCCAGACUAUGACGAUAUCUUUGCAAGGUUGGGGGCUCUUCGUGGUCCUAGUCGCCGUUGA